AUUCAUAUUUUCAAACGCACUCAAGAGAGAGAGCGAGAGCGCGCGCUAAGUCUUCAUUCUUUUCAUGGGAUCUUGGCCAUAGUCUGAUCUUGGAGUCCUCCACCCUCAAAUUUCAGUGCCAUCUUGGCCAGUACUCCAUCGUCAUUGGUGGCCAGAUAAUCCCAAAAGAGUGUGUUCGAUGCCUGAAAGGCGAGAUGCCGGGUGAGAUCAACCUAGAAACUCGAAACAUGGACAGUUACACAAUUAAGGUUGUCAAGUACCAAGAAAAGCAUGUUCUUACAGUGGGUUGGCCCCAAUUCGUUAAGAACUUCCAUCUACAGUUGGGUGACUCCUUGCUAUUCAGAUACAGUGGAGACUCUCUGUUUAGUAUUGUAAUUUUCGAUAAGCUUGGCCGCGAGAAAGCAUCAUCUGUUGUUGUCAAUCCUUUUCCACCACAAGUCCAAGGAAGACGCAACGAAAUCGGGUCUGCUAGAAAAAUGAACGCGCUUGGUGAAACAUGUGAAAUCUGGGACGACCAUCAGUAUAUGAACUUGGACGAUGAAAAGAAAUAUUUUUUGAUGCGCAUGAUGGGUGAUUUCCAAGACGAGAUGAUCAUCCAAAAAGAAUUUGUUCACCGUUUCAAGGGAGAGAUCCCAGGAGAGAUUGAACUUCAAACAAAGAAUAAAUGUACAUACAAAAUUAAAGUUGUCAAGAACCAAGAAGGGCAGCUUGUGCUUGCAGCGGGAUGGGGGCGUUUCAUAGAGAAGUUUAGCCUACAGACACGUGACAGCAUAAUAUUAUUCAGUUACAAUGGGAAGUCCCAGUUCAGUGUCAUAAUCUUGGAUCAACUUGGGCGUGAGAAGGCUUCAUCCGUUGUCAAUCCGUUCCCGCCUCGUGCGCUCGAAAGGCACACAAAUUGUGCUGAAACUGUGAGCCAACAUCCUUCUGAUGGUCAUCCUCUGCCCGUGGAAAGGCUGGUGCAGAGUACUGAUGCAGCGGCUAACAUUCUUCACCGGCCGACGCAAAUUCCUGAAACCGCGGACUGUUCUCUUCCGCUCAUGAUAAUGCCAUCAACUGCUCACUUCGAUGUUCAUCAUCAGCAGCAGGCCAUGCUAAUGCAGCCUCCCCUGAAUCAUUCCUCCUCCUCCGAAGCAUCAGCUGGAGAAGGAGAUGGCUCUUUCUCAUCACAUGACCAUGUCCAGAAUGCACUUGGUUUUGUGCGUGUUGUUAGAAGAAAGUACGGUCUAACCUCAUCACAGAAGAAGCAGCGGAAGGAUGGUUAUAUUACCACGCAUAGGACCAAGCUAACCUCUGCUCAGGAGCAGCAGGUGAAAGACAUGGUCCAGACCAUCCGCUCACGCAUAGGUGACAUAAUCAUCUUUGUUGCUCUGAUGGGCAGGGCCAAUGUUCUUUCAGGAUUCUCCCUGACUAUCCCAGUCAGGUACGGGGAGGAAUAUUUUGGAGAUGGGAAAGUCAUCUGUUUCCAGCUAGGCAACAAGAAAUGGAAUGUGAGCUUCAGCAGUUCGCGCAAGGAUUAUCGGGUCGAAACUGGAUGGAAGAAGUUUGUCAAGGACAAUUGUUUGAAGCUGGGUGAUAUCUGCCUCUUUGAGCCGUUGAGCAACCAGGGGAGUACCAUGGAAGUCCAUAUUAUCCGUGUGAAUGAUGGCAAUUGACUGAUAGUUAUGCCAUAUUUGCUGCCGUUGCCGAUCUCCCUAACGCCGGGUGUUCUUUUGGUGAUGUGGGGUUUAAGAUUUAUGUAGGCUAGUAGAGUCAUGGUUAUAUUAAUUAGCUGAUGCCUACUUACCCUGCAAAAUGAUGGAAGUUAUUCUUACUGCAACCUACUGUUUGGUUCAGCUUUGAAUUAGUGAUGUCAGUGUGUCGAAUUUAAUACUGGUUUAGUUUAUUGGUUUCUGACUUUCUGGA